CCGGCGGGCGGCGGACUAUGAGGCGCCCACCAUGGUGCGAUGCGACCGCGGGCUGCAGAUGCUGCUGACCACGGCCGGAGCCUUCGCCGCCUUCUCGCUCAUGGCCAUCGCCAUCGGCACCGACUACUGGCUCUACUCCAGCGCGCACAUCUGCAACGGCACCAACCUGACCAUGGACGACGGGCCCCCGCCCCGCCGCGCCCGCGGCGACCUCACCCACUCCGGGCUGUGGCGGGUGUGCUGCAUCGAAGGGAUCUAUAAAGGCCACUGCUUCCGGAUCAAUCACUUCCCAGAGGACAACGAUUACGACCACGACAGCUCGGAGUAUCUCCUCC